AUGUCUGAGAGCUUAGUUUUAGAACAAUACACACCCUUUCCUAGAGAAAUUAUUGUUGAUAUUGACUCUUGGAAAAAUACUACUGAAAAUUCUCCUGUCAUUAUGCAAAGGUCAGCAUAUGCCAUAGUGCAUAACAAGAAGAAGCAUCAUUUGGAAAUGAAGUACAUAUGUCAUAGAGCUGGGACCUAUAAGAGCCAUGCUGGUGUACAGACAGAAGAUGAAUCAUCUAAAAGCCGGCCAAUUCAGAAAUCAAAGAAGAUUGAUUGCAGAUACUAUGUUACUGUCACCUGCUAUUUCGUAACACCUAACCAGGUCACUGUUAAACUUCAUAGUGAGCAUAAUCAUCUUAUCGAAAGCCUUGAUAAUAUCUCUUCUUCGCCUUUAUCGGAUAAUACGAAGGAAGCUAUAUUGCAAAAGUUACGUGAAGGUUAG